AUGUCCCGAUACGCUUCUUUAAAGCAUGUCGAUGGUGCAGAAGGCAAAAGAUGCGUUGUGAUGCCCGUAGCCAAGUCCCUUGCUUCCGCUGUCGCUCUACAGGCCGGGACUGCAUUUUGGAUCCGAUCGAUGAUGGCCGACGAUCGCUUCGCAGCGAUCGUCGGCGGAAAACAACCACCCCCGCAAGGCCGCGAGCUAAUAUACUGUCACAGAAAUCAAAACACUGCUUCACCGCUGGAUCCUAGGACUGGAUAUCACACUCCGGCCUCAAGAGAUCAGGGGUUCUCACCUGCCACCGUGCAAGAUGGUGGCUUUGACACUCCGAUUGAUUCUUUGCCCGAUUCUACUGGAUUAAGUAGCCUCCAACGGUCUUAUACGUCUGAGGCGAAUGGACCGGACUCUCAGCAGCUCAGCCCUAAUGAAAUGAUCGCACCUGCGUCAGCGGUACACUCUAUGUCGGUGAACCUGUUAGGCACUAAUGAUAUAUUUAUGGAAAACUCAGCUAAGGGCGAUCCCAGAGGAGAUGUCAUCGCUAGAGGAAUCGUUAGUGAGGAGCUUGCUCGUGUCAUGUAUGAGAGGUUUACGGGUGGGUCGAAGAACUUUCUCCCUAUUUUUGAUCCGAUCAGAGACACAUUCGACUCUGUCCGUUCAAGGUCCUUGUUUUGCUUUACGGUGAUUAUCUAUCUGGCUAGUCGUGCAGUGACGGAUUUGCGCGGAGACACGCAUAUGCAGCGUGUGCUACAAGAUGAGGCACAACGUUUGGCCGAAGACAGCUUCUUCGAGCGGCCCACCAAACUAGAAACAGUCCAAGGAAUGAUUCUCCUAGCUGCGUACUCCGAAAAGACAUGGUUCUCUAUUGCUCUCAUUCUUCGCACCGCUUUGGAUUCUGGAUUAGAGAAAUCUUUGGACACUCUGUUGUCCCAAGAAAACGUACCCCGGAGUUCGCUCUCGGCUUCUAUGGCUGAACGUGAACUAGUAUGGAAGACAAGAACCUGGUUAAUCACCUUCAUAUUGGAGUUGGACGUCGCCUCUGGCACGGGACGCAAAUCACGCAUUGCCGAGGUCGAUGUGGUAAAGCUGCGCAAAUUCCUUGACUAUCCACUCUCCCUGCCCUGUGAUAUGCGCACUGUGUGUAUUAUUGAGCUUCAUCAACUUCGAGGGAAUUCUCGUGUGAUUAUUGAUAACACUUCAAAUAUUGGUGAUAUUGUGUCUACAGAACUACCGGCCAUUAUGACAAGAUUGCAAAACUGGUGGACGACGUGGGACGAGAUCCAUGAAAGGGCCUUUCAACGCAGUAGCCUCAAGCUUAUGCUUCACUAUGCUAGGAUUUUUGUUUUCUGUGCCUCGCUGGCAAGGAUUCAAAAAUUACAACCAACGUACACGGAUUCAGGCUCCGAAACGCUCGACCAGAAUGUGAUGAACUUGUGGCAGUCCCUUGUGACGAACAUCAUGGAGCAAUUAGGCUUUUUGAUCAAUGAACCAUCCUAUCGCUGUCAAUUGCCUUGGGCGCCAACGUAUCCAGCUCUCACAAUCGCUUUUGUCACAACAUUCGCUCUUCGUAUCGCGAGAUGGCGUCCGAAUCUGAUCAAUCAAAGUCUUCUACUUGAAAGAGCAGAGAAGAUCUGUGAUUUCCUCAAACAGCCCCCAUAUCCCGACAUCCAUCGGACUGUCUCCAUCUUCGUGAACUAUGCACGCGCUUUGAUUGCCAGCCAGCGUCCGCAGAGCAGUCAUAGUGCAGAUGUACCCAUCAUGCCUGGUCAAAAUGAGGGCCCAGCAUUUGAGGGAUCGAACAACCCCAUGAUCAACGGCCCGCCUCCAUCAGGGGUGGGUCCCCUCGACGAUCUCCGCUCCAGAACUGGCCCGACCAUCCAGGCCGAUAAAGAUUCAAAUAUGGUCUCAAUGCCAAGUAGUGACACAUCUGCAGUGGCCAGAGCGCCGGUAUCUCGGCUAUCCGGCACGAUGGAAGCACCCAACUGGACUGUAUCGAACUCUAUUGCAGAUUCUUUCGGUCUAUUUGAGGAGGGGCAGAACGAUAUCUUCGAUUUCCUACCUAUGAUGCCGUCGAUGCCACAAUGGUGCAAUAUGGCGGAAACGAAACAAUCUUUAACGGCUCAGAUAGCCGCCAUCCUUUCUUCAGACAAGAAUGAUAGUUCUGACAAGAGGUCCCUUGCUUCGACGGAGAAUAAUCCAAGGUCAAAUGGCGAUUACCGAAUAGUUGAAUUGUCUCAAGAUGAACUACUUGUCGAGUUUCAAGAGAACUCACCAAAAAGCCCCCCAAACUGGGCCUUUAAGAAAAAGUUCUACAAUGCGGUUGUGGGGUUAUUCAUUGUCCUCAAUAGCGGUAUAUCAUCCGCACUUCCUAGCAAUGCAGUGCCCGCUAUUAUGCAGGACUUCCACGAGUCCGGAGACCAGCAAAAGGUCUUACCAACUGCCGUCUUUCUCAUUGGUUAUGUUGUUGGACCCCUGUUAUUUAGUCCACUGAGUGAAACUAUUGGUCGGAAACCCGUUCUCAUCUGGUCUUUCACUGUUUUUGUUCUCGCUACACUUGGUUGUGCCUUCGCGCCAAAUUGGUCUUCUCUUCUCGUCUUUCGAACUAUUUGUGGGUUUAUGGGGGCUGCACCCCAGACUGUUGUUGGUGGUAUUUAUGCAGACCUGUUUUUCGAUCUGCGAAGUCGUGGUCGUGCGAUGGCGAUGUAUAUGUCGGCUUGCAGUUUUGGUCCUAUUCUAGGCCCGAUUAUCUCUGGAUGCUCGGUCAAGUAUGGUUGGAGAUGGACUUUUAGGAUCGACCUGAUUCUGACUGGUAUCACCUGGUUGGCUCUGCUCUUCACGUCUGAAACGUUUGGCCCGGCACUCUUGAAGCGACAAGCUGUCAAAUUGAGAAAGGAUUCGGGGUCCAAUCGAUACUUCUCGCGUCAGGAGCUCAACCUGGACUCGAGAUUCACCCCGAUGGAGAUUAUCACUCGUCCCAUCACGAUGCUCUUCUUUGAGCCUAUCAUCACCUCAACAUCCUUCUAUAUAGCCAUCGCAUAUAGUCUAGUCUUCUUCUAUUUCCAGGCUUAUCCCAUCAUUUUUGGAGGUGUCUAUGAUUUCACCGUCGAACAAACCUCCCUCACAUACAUCCCAAUUGGUGUCGGCGCUGCAUCUUCUGGGUUCGUCGCCCUCUACUACGACAUGAUCUACGAAAAAGCCAAAAAGCUCAACAAAGUGUGGACCUCUAGCCCAGAGUACCACCGACUCCCCAUGUCCUGUAUCGCGGGACCCUGUCUAACAAUAAGCAUGUUCUGGCUCGCCUGGACAGCAAAGCCCACGAUGCAUUGGGCAGCGCCCGUGAUGUCAGGGUUUAUUUUCGGGUUCGGAUUCCAGACCAUCUUCAUUUCGCUUCUUACCUAUGUAACCGACGCAUACAAAAUCUACUCUGCUAGUGCACUGGCAGCUUCCGUUAUUGUGCGGAGUAUUGCUGGAGCACUUUUCCCACUGGCCGCUGAACCGCUCUAUGAAUCCUUCGGGGUUUCGUGGGCUACUUCCCUCCUUGGGUUUAUUAGUCUGGCUUGCAUUCCGAUUCCUUUUGCUUUGAUGCGUUGGGGUCCUUGGAUUCGGGAGAGAAGUCCCUUCUGUCAGAGGUUGCUCUUGGAGGAGAAACUGAGGGCUAGUGGGUCAAGUACACCUGCGCAGGUAUAA